GACGAUAAAACAGUCAAGUUUAUACGAAAAGGAACCAGUUUCAGCACUACCUGGGAAGAUUCUCUCAUAUCAAGUUAAUUUAAAGGCGUCUGUGCUGCACCCAGCAGAGGAUGCAGCUGGUUGUCAUGGUAGCAGUGCUGGCGCUGGCGGGGGCGGGGCAGGGCUGCAGCUUCGGCUGUCAUCCAACCAACAUCAGCAUCCAAGUGGAGAGUUGUGGCCUCACCGAGGUCAUCUACACCACCAUAUGUGAAGGACAGUGCUACCACGAGGAUCUGGUCUACAUCAGCCACUAUGAGAGGCCUGAACAGAGAAUCUGUAACGGAGACUGGUCCUAUGAGGUGAAACACAUUAAAGGGUGUCCAGUGGGUGUCACCUACCCUGUGGCCAGAAACUGCGAGUGUACCACAUGUAACACAGAAAACACAGACUGCGGGCGUUUUCCUGAAGACAUACCCAGCUGUCUGUCCUUUUAAAGAAACCUGUCAUCUAUCCUACAUUAGUUAUUAAAAAUAACUUCUAAAAUAAACAGGUAUCACUU